GUUAGUCUCAUUCUCGCUUCAACCGUCACUGUGUUUUCGUUUGGACGCAAAGUUUGAAUACAAAAAUGGCGGAACCGUUCUAUCGACCCUGCACUCCAGCCUGAAUUAUAAUGAUUUCCUAAAGACCAUUUCCAUAAUAAUGCCUAGCAAGGUGAGGUUUGAGACAGAGUAUAACUCAUCUUUCAAAGGAUUUGACAAUGAUGUUUCAAAAGUUGUCAGGAGUCCAGUCUUGAAGCCAAGGGCAUCAGAUGGUCCAAUCAUUGCACCAGUGCCCAUUUUGAAAAAGAAAUCAGGAAAGGAAGCAGGCAUCAAGUCGUUAGAUGUGCACAUCACAAGGGAACCUCCCUUACAGCACAAAAAAGCUGCUGCUCUAACAAAGAAUGCAGAUAAAAUUAUCCCUGCACCAAAGGAGAAUUACAAGGAAAUACAAAACCCUAAAGCUUUCAGUGAAGGAAAUCCUAUUUUGGACUAUGCAGCUAAAAGGCAAACAGCAAAAGUUGAUGCAAAUGAACAGUUCAAGGAUGACAAAUUUGCUGGAAGAGAAUCUUAUAACCAAGGCUACAGUGCCCUGGAACCGCCGAUGCAGCGUAAAAAAAGAUCGCCAUUCAACUUCAACCAUAAUAUUCUAAGAACAGACACCAUUCCACCUAUGAACGGCAACUCAAAAGAAAGCGAGGGUAAUGGCCUGGCUGAAGUGACAGCUGUUAACCAAAAUGUUUCAGAAACUGCCAAAAGAAAAUUGGAGUUUGAACAACCAGCAAAGAGAGAUGUUCCAGUUGAAAGCCUUUUUCCUAUCAAAACUGCAGACUGGCGGUUGAGAGAAGACACCAGUAAGAAAGAGAGCAGCCCUCUAAAAGAACAUGCUGAUGAUUCCAAGAGAGAGAAAAGACGCCGAAAAAGCCCUGCAAAAGAACAAAGGAAGAAAGAUUUGGACGAUGUGAAAAACAAGCAAAAUGAGCGGGUGGACAGAGCACUAAAGAUAAAAGCUGGAAUGCAAACCAUUGAGCCUCCGUUACACAGUCACCCCAUAAAGACAGAAUAUCAGCUACAAUUUGCGUGGAAAGAGCCGGUCAGACAUGAAAUAUAUCCUAAGGUCUCUGUUCCCGUAGAAGUUGAAAAUGCUGAAUUAGCUAGUGAUGAUCUCACAAAAAGGAAAUUCAAGCCUUUCAAAUCGGAAUAUCAGUUGCAAUUCAGAGAGUACCCGUUGGUAAAACAAAGUCCAGAUUUUAGUAUUGCAGGAGAUAAAAAGGCACCUGCCGAUAAUGCUGGCGAUCACAAGGAAGGCAAAGGGGGUAAACCUGUUGUCGACAGAAGACUUCUUCACCAAUCCAAAAAUGUUCAGCCUCUCUUUGUCCCAUACGGCAAAAGCAAAUUGGUUACAGAAUACAAUGCCAACUUUGUCGCUCCCUCAAAGUUUAGCCCCGGUAAAGUAUCUCGUUCUAAAGCCCAAGAAGACGAGCAAAGCAAACAAGAAACGGUCGAAACAUCUGAAAGCCUUGAUUGGUUCAAAGAAGUACUACGUCUCAGGGAGAGAGCCCAGAGUUACAAAGUGAGGACACGAGAAACUCACUACCCGACAGUGUUUCUUGCAUCUUUGUAUGACGACGAUGAAGAUGAAACUGCUUCCGAAGAAGGCGUUAAAGGUUCGGAGAAAGCAAACUUCAACUUAGAAGCAAUUGGAGGGGGCAAAGUUAAGAAGACUGAAGAUUAUGAAGAUUAUGUUGCACAAAGUAGUGAAGAAGCAGAGGAGAAAGAUGAACCUGCUGAAACAAGCAAUACUGCAACGAAUGUGCUAGCUUCUCAAGCUGGAGGGCCUAGAUCGAAAACGAAUAUUUCAGACUCCAGAAAGCAUGGGAAGUCAGCAAGAGCAAACGGUUCUAGUAAACAGAGCACUGUGGCCGCCACUGGGAAGGUGAUGAAAACUUAUGUCAGAGAUGAGAAAGUAAGUGAUAACUAUGAAGAUGAAGAGGCUGAGGCAAUAUCUUCUUGUGAUAAAGAGGGUUUGGUAGAAGCCGACGUAGAGCCUCUUGCAAGUCCUGUCUUAUCGUCAUCCUCAAGUGAAAGUGAUUCAGUUAUGAGCCUACUCAAAGGAAGGAUAGAAACUCCACGUUUAAAAAGCAGAAUGGACCCUAGGCGCCAUAAUUUGGACCGGACAACACCACUACGAGGCGGUAAUGUUGCAUUCCCUGGUCAGAAGCUUUCAAGUGAGGUUACAGCUCCAGUGCACGAGUUUCGAACUUUGGAACCAGAUAUAGGCUAUGUCAGACCAAAGAAGUGGGCAGAAGGAGCUGCAAGGAAAACAAUGGUAGGAAAUGUUGCCAAAUACGGACCUCCAGGUGAACCCGAGAUUAUACGGGAAACUCGACCGAAGACAGCUCAUUAUCAUAAGACGUACAGGCGUGAUAAAUACGAAGACAAGGCCAACGAGGGUGACUUGAUGGUGACUGAUCUAGAAGAACGAGAUGGAGCUGUUAAUCAUUUACGUUAUGAGCCGAAAGACUAUAAACAAAAAGAUAAGCGCCCGGAGAUCAAAUACAGUCGAAAGCCUCCGAGAGCAUUUGUUCAGCCCUCUGAAAUUGGGCAAGAUUUGGACAACACAGUUCAAUCGGACAUUUUAUCGGACACUUCGAUGUCUGCUAGAGAAUCUGUCAUAUCUGAUGUCCUUCAAAGAUCGAGAAAAAGAAGAGACAACUUCUGGUAGCAUGGUAAACAGGUUUUUUGUUCUGGACAUUCAAGACCAAGGGACUGUCAUUCUUUGUCCUGUAAGACGAUGGCACACUGAUAACGUGUUGUAAAAGACUCUUUAAUUAUAUAAUUUAUAACUGGUAGAAAAAAGAACAGUAUUUAAUCGUGUAUGUUGUAAAUAAAAAUUUACUGUUUUUAUGGUUUUAGCUGUUUUACAUUAAUUUUUUAUCCUCAAUCAAAUCUUGCAUAUUGUCGUGAUUCA